UGAGUAAGAACAACAAGAGCACAUGCAGCGCCAAAAAAGCGAGGAAACAUCUUUUCCACCUCGUCCAUUUCUCUCUCACUUGAGAUUUUGCGUCUCUUCCUUCCCACCUUCACCUUCACCCCAUGUUUAUCGUGUGCACUUCUCCAUCACAUUACUAUUAAUUAUUAACCUUCUUCCCUUAACCCAUCAUCACCACUCACCAUGUUGCCAUGCGACUACUGCGACUCCAAACCCGCCUUACUCUUCUGCCGAGCUGAUUCCGCUAAACUCUGUUUAGUUUGCGACCAGCACGUGCACGCCGCCAACGCCCUCUCCCUCAAGCACGUGCGCUUCCAGAUUUGCGACUCCUGCAAGUCCGACACCGCCGUCCUCCGCUGCUCCACCCACAACCUCGUCCUCUGUCACAACUGCGACGUGGACGCCCACGGUGCCGACGCUUCAUCCCUCCACCACCACCACCACCACCGCCGCCGCCUCCACGGCCUCUCCGGCUGUCCCUCCGUCCCGGAGAUCGCCUCCGCGCUGGGCCUUGAUUUCCGGGCCCAGGAGCCCGUGGUCCCCACCGCCGCCUCCCGCGAUGAGGUCUAUGAGCAGGUGCUGGAAAUUGCGCGCCAGAGGAACAACGGCCUCGGCGCCGAACAACUCAAGCUCGACGACUCACCCGGAAACGACGUCGUUGUUGUUGUUGACGAGAUGCUGAUUCAGCAGACGCCGUUCACCUCCUUGCUUAUGUUGCAGAAUUCUGAAUCUGAGUUUGACGCUAGAAAAAGUAACGAUAACAACGGUUACGGAACCGAGGCAUGGGAUCUUCACUGGAAUUAUAAUAACCCCGCGUAUCAGCCUCCUCAGGUGUGGGAUUUUCAAUUACAAAAAUCAACAGAUUGCAAUGAACCAAGAGUUGUAACAUUUGAUGGUCUAGAAGUUCCAAAAUUGUUUCAGGAUGUGCACAACAUGAAUUACUCAACAAUUGGUGAUGAUAUUGAUAUUCUAUCAAGAAAUAAUCAAUCGGAUCAGUCAUCAUCAAGCCAUGCAAAGAGGAAAGAAGAGAGCAACAAAAAAGCUAGAGGUGGGUUAUCAUCAGAGUCCACAUUGUUUGAAUCCAUACCGUAUAGUGGCACCAACAAUGUCGUUGUCAUGGAGCAUCUUGUGGGUGGGAAUGAGAAUGUUAGCACCUUAAAAGCCAGGGUUAGUUUGCAAGAGUUGGCUAAGAAUAGAGGGGAUGCCAUGUUACGCUAUAAGGAGAAGAAGAAAACGCGAAGGUACGACAAGCACAUUCGCUAUGAAUCAAGGAAGGCCAGGGCUGAUACUAGAAAAAGGGUGAGAGGGAGAUUUGUGAAGGCAAGUGAUGUUCAAGCAUGAUGAGUGCGUCUUCAGAAAUCUCAUCCGAGUUCAAUGCUCUUGUGUGUGUACAUAAGUUACACUAUCAGAGAAAUAUGGAUAUAGUAUAGUUUUCAUGAACUCACUGAGCAUUGAUAUUGGUUGAUUGAUUUGAAUCUUUUUUGGUAGAUGAUUUAUUUGAAUUUUUGUUUGUUACAUUAUGUGGGAAGAGGUUUUUUCGUGUGAGAUUCUCACAUAAGAGGGUGAUAUAUAUAAGAGAGACACCGACAAUAAAUUGGUGAAAUUCUGUUGUAAUUUGUCGGGUUAUGGUAAAAGUCUCUUGUGUCUCAAUCUCUUUCCACGUAAUAAGGUCACGUGGAAAUCUCACAUAAAAUAAUCUGUUCUCCCA